AUGAGUGAUAUUAUUUCAAUUGAAAAAAUUAAUGAAAAUGAAAUUUCAGUGUUAAUUAGACCAAUGCAUAUAAAUGAUAUAAAUACAAUUUAUUCAAUACAAAAAGAAAUAUUUCCAGCUGAUGAUUUAUUUGAAUCUUAUGAAGCAUUUGAAAAUAAAUUUUUAGUUUAUCCACAAGGUUGUUUUUGUGUUGAAUUAAUUUUAGAGGGUGAAAUAAUUGAUCAAGAAAAUAUCAAUAAAUAUGAACCAUCAUCAGAUUUAGAAAUUAAUAAAAAGAAAUUACUAGGUCAUUUCUUUUCACAUCCAUGGACAAAAGGUGAAUUUCCACCAUUAAAUAACGCAAAAGCAAUCAAUGAUGGAGUUGAUAAAAUCAUUGAUAGAUCAAUAGGUGAGUUGGUAACAGGUGUAAAUAAAGAGAAUGUAAUGUUAUAUCUUAAUGAAAUCGCAGUUAGACCAAUGGCAAGAGGUUUCAAUUUAGCACGUUUAUUAUCAAAUAGAGUUUUACAUCACCUUUCAAAACAGUCACCAUCAUUUGACCAUAUUGGGUUGGUUUCUGUUCAAGGUUCUUUCACAGUUUGGGCUUCGAUCGGUUUCGAUAUUGAUCAUAAUUUACCACAAAAAAAAAAAGAUUAUCUUUGUAAAAAUUAUGGUGAAAAAUCUUGUUAUAUGAAAAUGGAUUAUUCAAAGAAAAUUAAAAAUUUAAAAAAUAAUCAACUUUAUAUUUGUCCAAAUUUAAUUUCAAAUAAUGUUAAUAGUGGUAUUUAUUAUUAUGGUAAAUUAUUUAAAGAAGUUAAAAGAGUUUCAAAAUUAUAA